AUGGCUCCCAAGAUCUUUAUCACUGGCGUAACAGGCUACAUCGGUGGCGACGCCCUAUACGCUUUGAACAAAGCCCACUCAGACUACGAGUACUCGGCCCUCAUCCGCUCUGAAGAGAAAGCCGCUCCCGUCAAGAAAGCAUAUCCAGACCUACGAGUUGUCAUUGGCGGUCUCGAUGACUCGCAGAUCAUCAGCGAUGAAGCCGCCAAAGCCGACAUAGUUCUCCACACCGCUGACGCCUCAGACCACGAAGGCGCCGCAAAAGCUAUCGCUGAAGGGUUAGCGACGGGCCAUUCGAAGGAACGCCCUGGCUUCUGGCUGCACACAGGCGGAACUGGAAUCCUGACAUAUUUCGACACGAGGGAUGAGAAACUGGGAGAGUGGAACGAGAAGAUCUUCAACGAUUGGAGUGGAGUAGAAGAACUUACUACCUUGCCUGACGAGGCGUUCCACCGCAACGUCGAUAAGAUCGUCCUUGAAGCCGGAACGAAGAACGCUGAGAAUGUCAAGACUGCGCUCGUUGCACCUCCCACGAUCUAUGGACGCGGACGAGGUCCUGUCAGUAGCCGAAGUCGCCAGGCGUAUGAACUCGCGAAAUUGGUUCUGCAAAAGGGCUAUGCUCCAAUUGUCGGCGAGGGUAAAGCGCGCUGGAACCAAGUCCACGUCCAUGAUCUUUCGGAUCUCUGGGUCUUACUCGUCGAAGCUGCCAUUGCGAAGAAGCUGGAUCAGGAAAUUUGGGGUGCGAAAGGGUACUACCUUGCAGUCAAUGGCGAAUUUGUGUGGGGCGAGGUGUCAAGGCAGGUCGCAAAGGCGGCGGCAAAGAAGGGCUACAUUUCCAAAGAUUGGAAGGACCAGCCGUUGUCGAAGGACGAGGCCUUUCAGGUGGCGGACUUCCAGGCGGUGUCUUGGGGUCUCAAUUCUAGAGGUAAAGGCGAGCGUGCUAGCAGUGUCCUGGGCUGGAAGCCGCAUAGGCCAACCCUUGAGGAGGUGAUUCCGGAGAUUGUGGACGAUGAGAAAGAGAGGUUAGAUAAGAAGUAG